AUGGACUACCUCUUCAAAACCACAGACUCGGUCAUUGAGAUCCUAUGGGACGUCGCGCUCGCCUUCUUCAUCGUUCGCAUCGCAUUAUCGUACUUCUUCUUCACCUUUACCGCAACAACGCUGCUCUCAUGGAUCGUCCAUACAUAUCGCCAAUACUUACGACUGUCCCUCGUCUCCGAUCAGCAGCAGCAGUAUCUCACAACCUCACAGAGCGACCCUUUCGUCUUGGCGGUGAUGCUUCUACAAAUCGUGGUAGGCCUCGUCGUUGCGCGGUACGUGGUGGCGGUCUACGACGUGCCGCGCGUGGCGUGGUUCCGGCUUGCGAUCGGAGGUCUGGCGGCGGCGUUCUUGGCCGGCGCGGAGGGGCUACUCGGGUUGAUUAUAUCUGUGUAUUUACACAAAGGAGGGGAGGACGGAAGGGAUCUAUGGGUUUGGGAGAGUGGGGAUGGAUGGGCGUUGGUCGCGACGAUGUUUGGCGGGUUGGUUGCCUUUGCGGCGAUGCCUGCAGUGUUAAUGUGGCUCGAGAGGGCCGAGAAGGCUCCGGCUCCUGCUGGAAGGGCUGAGGGGAGGGAGAAGAUGGGGACGCAGGGGCUUGGUGGCAAGGGAGUUUGA